UUGACCGACCGAACCUGCAGAGAACGACGAACUUAGAAGAAGAAAGCUCGAGCGUAGGGAAACCGAAAGGAAGAUGGAGAGGGAUCGGAAGCUGCGAAUGGCGAUCGCCUUCGCUUCCGUCGCGGCGCUCUCGGCGUUCCUCGCCGUGCAUUACCACCGGAGACGGAGGAAGCAGAGGAGCCGCGGCGGCGGCGCGUGUUACCUGCGAGCCGAGUCGAAGCCGCAGCACGGCUUCAGGCGAGUCCUGGCGGAUAAUUCCUACUCCCCGUUCAAGCACCUGAAGCUCGGGGGCUCCGAUGACGUGGAUUCUUCAAACUCGCAUCCAUAUGAGGCGGAGAUUACGGCUCUGUUAGAUAGUCCGCGACUAGAAUCCACAUUUUAUCCUGAUGAUAAGAUUCCAAUGACUAGUGAUGUCUAUACUUGGGUGGAAACUGAGCAACAACUGGAGGAACUUGCCAAUGUAUUGAUCAAGGAGAGAGUCUUUGCCGUUGAUACAGAACAGCACAGUUUAUGUUCAUUUUUAGGUUUUACCGCCCUUAUGCAGAUCUCCACACAAGAUGAGGACUAUUUGAUUGACACAAUAAAGCUGCAUGAUGCUAUGGGAAUUCUUCGUCCAGUUUUCAGUGAGCCUAGUAUUUGCAAGGUGUUUCAUGGAGCUGAUAAUGACGUUCUCUGGUUGCAAAGGGACUUCCACAUUUACGUUGUCAAUCUAUUUGAUACUGCAAAGGCGUGCGACAUUCUAUCAAAGCCACAGAGAUCACUGGCAUACUUACUUGAAACUUAUUGUGGUGUAACCACCAAUAAAUUGCUACAGCGUGAAGACUGGAGACAACGUCCAUUGCCACAAGAUAUGUUGCGAUAUGCCAGGACAGAUGCGUGCUAUCUGCUAUAUGUUGCUCGCUGUUUGGUUGGAGAGCUAAAACAAAAGGAUAAUGAAUCUUGUUUCGAUGAUGAAUUGCAUUUUGUCCUGGAGGCAUGUCGCCGUUCAAAUAUGAUUUGCUUGCAACGAUACACGAAAGAUAUUGAAGCUGCGCCGGGGGAGUCUGCUGCAUCAUCGAUAAUUUCCCGACAUUCAAAUGGUCAAGGAGGUGAAUCAGAUGCCUACAAAGCCCAGUUUCAGGAUAUUGUGAGAAGAGUGUGCGCUUGGAGGGAGUUAAUGGCCCGUGUGCAUGAUGAAAGCUUAAGAUUUGUAUUGUCAGAUCAAGCUAUUGUUGCUCUCGCGAGCAAAGUUCCAACUAAUCCAACAGAUAUAUUUGACAUCCUAAGGCAGGCUGAUUCUAAUACAGAUGCCCUGAGUUCUUCCAUGCCAUCUCCAUCACCUGUUGUUUGCGGCCACAUGGACAGUUUCUGUGAUCUAUUAGAGGAGAGGAUGGACAACCUCGAUGAAAUCUCUCUGGUUGUUCUUCAAAAGUGCCUUGGUCAAGAUGGAACUUGUCCAUUAUCUGUCUUUAAUUAUUCUAUUCUGGUCAAUUUUACUAUGAGAUCAACUAACAAGGUAGUCUCCAGACAAAAUGGUACUAAAAGUUUGAAACAAGUUUCUCGAAAGGCUUCUCGAGAGCUAUUUGUUAAAAAGUUCUCUUGCAAAUCUCCAGUGUACCAUAAUUGUAGGAUCUACGCAAAUGAUGGACGCUUGCUUUGUUACUGCGAUCGUAGAAAGCUUGAAUGGUAUCUUCGCCGUGAUCUUGCAAAACUUGUUGACAAUGAUCCUCCUGCUAUUAUGCUUCUUUUUGAGCCUAAAGGUCGUCCAGAAGAUGAAGAUAAUGAAUUUUACAUUCAGAGAAAGAAAAAUAUUUGUGUUGGCUGCGGUGAAGGUAAUCAUUACUUGCGUUACCGGAUUAUUCCUUCGUGCUACAGAAUGCACUUCCCUGAGCAUUUGAAAAGUCAUCGUUCUCAUGAUAUAGUCCUCCUUUGCGUGGACUGUCAUGAGGUUGCUCAUGCUGCGGCUGAGAAGUACAAAAGGAAAAUUGCGGAGGAAUUUGGUAUUCCGCUCUUUGUUCGAAAUAUUGUUGAACUGAGAGAUGAUCAAGUUGCAUCAGAAACAUGUGCAAUGGGGAUAAAUUUUGAACAAGCUGGUAUAUCUCCUCUAGAAUUACGAACGGCUGCAAUGGCUCUACUACGCCAUGGACAAAGAAUGCCUCAGAAGCGCCGUGAAGAACUGACACAGAUUGUGAUGAGGUUUUAUGGAGGAAGAGAUAUAUCUGAUACGGAUCUGGAAAGAGCCUUGUUAGUUGGAAUGAGUUCUCAUGAGAAAAGACGGCUUGAGAAGAAGAGAGGGCUGUCUUCAAAACAUUCCAAAGGUGGCGGUAUUCCAGAUAAAGAGCAAAUUGGAAGUACUGAGAAAAGGCUGAUAUCAAGUACAGUGAAUCCAUCAAAAUUUGAAACAGUUGAUGUCUCAUUGUCUGAAAAAGAUCAGCAAUAUGUCAAUGAUGAGAUCACGGACCAAGUGAAGACAGAGCCAAUCAAUUCAGGGAUGGAACCAGAAGCUGCUGCUCAUGAUAGCAACAACGAAAACACAGAUUUCUAUAAUUUGCAAAAUGGCAACCUACAAAAUGAAGGGUCAGACCUUGGUGAUUCUAGAAAUGAUGAAACACAGCCAAUGCACAACUCCAAAUUAUCGCUAUUAGGACAUGGACCCCAUGGGAAACAAGUUGUCGAUCACAUAUUGAAGGAGUAUGGGGAGGAUGGCAUUAGUGUCUUUUGUCAAAGAUGGAGACAAGUAUUUAUCGAAGCUCUUAAACCUCGUUUCCUUCCUGCUGGAUGGGAUAUAAAGCACAGUGGUCGGAGGGACUUUGGGGAAUUUAGCGUGUACAAUCCAAUCAAGAAGGCAUUGGCAGAUGCUAAGAGUUGAAAUCUGCUGUGGUGAUGCUAUUGCUAGCCACCACAAGGCACAGAACACCAGUGACUCCGGUUGGAACUGUUACUUCAUUGGCAGAUGCUAAGAGUUGAUAUCUGCUGUGGUAAUGCUGUUGCUAGCCGCUACAAGGCACAGAGCACUAGUGACUCCGGUUAGAACUCUUACCUCAAAGGACUGUCACAGUCGUAGUGGUCCUCGGAAUUUUGAUUUGGCCAGUAAUGUUCUUUACAUUAUUGAACACUUUAGGGUUUUGAUGAAGACUUUGUUAUUUAUUGGAUCGGCUCUGGUUUACCCUUGCA